CACCAGCCCAGUCCCGGCCUCCAGGGCACCUUCAGGCAAGCGGGUAGUGGGUCUCGAACUCAGAGACUGGGAAGUGGGCUUCUGGGCAAGAUGGCCCUGCAGAGCCAGGCCUGGUCUCCAGCCACACCCAUGCCCAUGGCCGAGAGCUCCCUCUAUCGGCAGCGGCUGGAGGUCAUUGCGGAAAAGCGGCGGCUGCAGGAGCAGAUCCGCGCGGCGCGCCGGGAACUGGAGGAGGAGAAACUCCGCGUGGAGCGGCUCAAGAGGAAAUCUCUCCGGGAGCGUUGGCUAAUGGAUGGGGCCGCUGAAGGGCCACAGCAGCCCGAGGACCCCGGCUCCAAGGACCCCCAGUCGCCGGAAGGCCAGGCUCAGGCUCGCAUCAGAAACCUAGAAGACAGCUUGUUCACACUCCAGAGUGAGCUGCAGCUGUUGCAAAGUGCGUCCACAGGUGCCCAGCACAAACCCUUGGGUAGGCUCACCUGGCGCAGACAGAGUCACCGUCCUGUCUCCCAACCCACCAUGGAGGCGGGUCUUGCAGGCCAGUCUGAGCCGGACAAGAGAGCUUCCCUGCCCACUGGACUGGUGGGCGCAUCCCCAGAGGUCCCCUCUGAGCCCCAGGAGGAGGCUGCGGGGGUUCUGCCACCACAGAGGCAGGUUCCUGGGGCCGUGGGGACCUCCCCAGAAGCCAACGGCCCCUGCCCUGGACCCAGCCCUGGCAGGGAGCAGGAGUGGAGCCUGGGGGCGGCGGCGGCAGAGCAGGGUGUGGUGGAGGCCAAAGGAGCGGGCGUGGUGGAGGUGGUGUGGGAGGGCCUGCGGGCCCCGGAGGACUGUGCCACGGGGACCUCGGGCCUGGAGCUGGAGGCUAGGGUGGAGGAGGUGGUGCUGGAAGCCAUUGGGGACAGGCAGGGGGCUGGCAGCACCGAGCUCCCAGCCUGGGUGAAGGAGGACAGGGGUGUGGCGGAGGUGGUCUGGGAGGGGCUGGGGGGCACCGAGUCGCAGGCCGGCGGGGAGGUGGGCCCAGAGGCCAUAUUGACCAGCUCGCCAGGGCUCCGGCCGCGACUGCAGGGAGAUGCUUCCCAGGAGGGAGAAGGUGCUCCCCGGGGCAGCCCCGAGGGCGAGGGGCAGGGGGGCUCUGGAGGAGAGGAGGGGUCCUUCAUCUGGGUGGAAAGAGCGACUCUCAGCGAGGACUGGGAGGAGCUGCUGAUGGAGGGGCUGGAGGGGCCCGUGGUGACAGAGGGAGGAGGCCAGGAAGCCUGGGAGGGGGGGAGGAGGCGAGCAGAGGAAUCCCCGGGGGCGGGAGGUGAGGAAAGUGAGGCAAAGCCAGGGACAGGGAGGGACACAGCUGUGAAUGCAAGUGAGGGGCUACAGCAGCCAGAGGGAGGAGGAGGUGAGGGAGAGGGAGAGGCUGAGGAGCCUUUGGGCACUGAGAUAAAAGAUGGUGAAGGACCCUUGAGGGCCGAGGAGGACAGGGGCCAGGAGAAGCCAGAGGCAGAGGAAAGAGCUGAGGACCCGUCCAGAGUGGAGAGAAAAGAAGUCGGGGGGCCUUUGGGGACAGAGAAGGAAAGAAGGGAAGAAAAGCAAGCAGCACAGAAAGAGGAGGAGGAAGCUCUGGGAGUGGAGGGAAAAGGAGGUGAGGAAGUGCCAGGGGCAGAGAGGGAAGGAGAGGAAGUCUCACAGGUGCAGAGAAGAGGAGGUGAGGAAGCACGGGAGGCAGAGAGGGAAGAAGGUGAGGAAGCCUCAGGGGCACAGAAGACCCAGGGGUCUGAGGAAGAGCUGAGCUCAGGAGGGCAGAGGGAGUCUGGGGAAAGGACCGAGUCCCAGGGGGAGGUGAGCGAGGCCGGGGCCACCCUUGGGGUCAAGCAGGAGCCAGGGCCAGGGGAGGGACCGCGGCCCCUGGAGAAGCAAGGAGCAACCCUGGAGGAGGAAGCCGGGCAGCUCCGAACCCCUGCGGAGAGCCAGGGGCCCCCGGGGGACACCAUGCCCCUCCUGAGAGCCAGCCCAGCCCCACAGCAGCCCACCGAGAGGCAGCCUCUGCUCCAGCGGGGGAGGCCCAGAGCCAACCCCAGUGCCCACCCCGCGCCCACCUAUGCACCCGCCCGGCAGCCUGAGCCGGCCGCCCCGGCCGAGGGCGAAGAGGCAAGGGGCCCCAAGCAGAAGACGUGCCAGUGCUGCGCCCUGAUGUGAGCCCGCGCCCCCAGCCCUCGCCCGGCUCCGGCCACAGCUACCUCACCUCUUGGCACCCGGCAGGGGGUUCCAGGCACAGACGGCCCCACCAG